UCUCGGAUGAAGUCGUGCGGUGCGGAUCGUCGUCUCGUUGUUGAGGAACAAAAUUUGGCCGUCGUUUCUUCAGGUAUUUAAACAGGUUGUUUUUACUAAAUAAGCAACAAAGUAUAAGGUUUGUGAAAAUUUGUGUCAAAAGAGAAGGUGAUCGUGAUUCCUGUACCAUCUGAGCAAUUAUCCAGAUAAGGCAGAGCAGUAUUUAAUGAGUGAUAAAGUUUUGUAACGAAAUCGAAAGCCAAUUUGGCUAUAGUUUAUUGCUCCUGCAUUUGAACGACUUUCUGUUAUUCGAAGGAUUGUGACUUCGAAUUCCAACACAAGUUAACCGAAAAAAAGUGUGAAUCAUGGAAUCUACGCCUGGAAGUGAAGCGUUCUCGUCAUUGGACGAAUUGCAGCGCCAACUGAACGAAGAUUUUGCUCAAACGAUCGGGCCAUCGGUAGACACAGCCGUAGCAGCAGCAUCAGAUCUUGCUGCAACCACCAUCAGUACCGUCGUGCUCCAGAGUGGUCCGUUACAACUGGUUGUAGCAAUUCUGAAGAGCGGAGAAAAGCUGUUCAUCAAAGUAGCAGAUCUGCAGCCAAAAUUUACAUUUCUUGGUCCGAGUCUAGACGAGGCGCUAAAGCUUCAAAACCAACACGAUGAGUUGCUUCAGCAGAUACAGAACCUGCCAACACCGCUGGAGGAAUUCUAUAGAAAGAUACAGGAAAAAAUUUCAACGAAUGAGAGACCUAAUCCGACACUUAUCGAAGAAAUGGCGUCGUCGCUGAAUGCAGUGUGGCACGAUAUUAAGAAGAUGCUAGCUGAACGUCGAGAGAUCGUUGCGCUAAAUGUGAGCUUUUUCGAGCGUCUUGGUGAGGCGUACGGAAAGAUGUCCUCGCUGGAAGUAGCCUGCAACGAUACAAUGAUACCGAUCGAGAUUGAGGCCGUGCGUGAGUUCCUGGAUUCGUUCCGCAACCUUCGAGGCGAUAUGCUCAACACAAUCUCGCAUGCGCUCACAGCUGGCAAUCAAAUAUUGGAUCGUUUGCGAGUGCUGUCCGAGAUAGGUACACUUGAUUCGAGACCGAACCACAUCAAACUUGAUGCCAUACAGGCUAUCGGACAAGUAGAAACGUGGUUGGAGGAUCUCUCGAACCGUCGGAAUCAGCUCGAACAAGCAUGGAUUUCUCGCAAAACACAACUAGAACAGUGUCUCACGCUUGCGAUUCUGGCGAAGGAACUGGACGAGAUCGAACAAUGCUUGACUCGAGUGCGUAGCCAGAAUCUCAGCUCCUUCACACUGGGUGAAUCGGCGGAACAGGCCGGAGACCUACUUGAAACGUAUCAGAAUCUUAAGCCUGAAGCAGCCAUGCUACGAGACAAAACAUUAAAGAUUACAAAAGCAACCGAAGAGCUUCUUACGACCGGUUGCUUCGCAGGAGAUGAGGCAUGCGCUAAAGCCUACAGUGUGCUGAACGCAUGUUCAGAGCAUUUGGAGGAGAUUGACAAUCGGGAAACUUUGCUGGGAACAUCACGAGAGUUUUUCGGACGCGCCGAGACAAUUUUGAAAAGGCUCGAUCAAUUGGAGAUAGAGUUUAGCAAUGCUCAAAUGAUACCGUCUUCGCCAAAUGAUCUACCGGUGCAUCAGCGGUUGCUUCAAGAUAUCCGCGAGUCGAUUGGUGAAGUACUACAGAAGGGUUACUCGCUAGUGGAUGACGUUGGUCGCACUAAGCCGGAAGUGGCUGGUGUACAAGCCACGAUCGAGCGGAUCGAACAGCGGAAGCUGAACUUUGAACGGUACUGCAAUGAGGAAAGUGAGCGAAAUGUUCGAGCGUCACAAGCUUUGAAUGAGUUUUUGGAGCGCUACAGCCAGUUGUUCGUGUGGCUUGAAGAAGCAUUUACAGAACGUAUCGUUGGAGGUAAAGCUAUUCACUACAUGGGUGAAAAUCUCGUCGAGGCUAAAGAGUGCUUGCUGUUGCAUCACCAGUUUCUGAAUGAUUUAGAGAUCAAAGGCAACGCUAUAAAUAACCUGCUUGUACGGUUGACACCGUGCCUGGAGCAUCUAUCAGACGUGCAACGUGACGACGUGCAGCGAAAAAUCGACCUCAUCCGACAGAAAUGGAUCGAGCUGAAAAACUACGUCAUUGAGCGGGUUGAUCGUUUGAAGCUAUACAUCAAGUUCCAUCAGGAAGCAGAAACGUUGCGCAAUCAGUUCGAUGCUUGCGCAAUCCAGUUUGCGACAUUCAAGGACAAUCCGGCCGACCACUCACUCAUCCUUGCGGCUACAGCUAACAUCCGUCUGACACACGAGAGCCUGCGGGCGAUUGGAGCUCAAUUUGUGGAACAGCUGGAACAGAUUGGGGCGGACCCAUACUUGCAGAAAUCUCGCGCAGCGCAGUGCGUCGAACGAACGCUAGCCGAAUUCAACGAUCGUCAGUUGGCGAUCAGUAAUGAGUGGGAAAGCUGGAACAGUCGACGACGCACGGAGACAACUCUGAAAGAAAUCAUGGCCGCCAACAUGGA